GUUUUAUAAAUGGAUACUGACAUGGACUACGAAAGACCCAACGUUGAAACCAUCAAGUGUGUGGUCGUGGGAGACAACGCCGUGGGGAAGACGCGCUUGAUCUGUGCCAGAGCGUGUAACACAACGCUAACGCAGUAUCAGCUGCUGGCCACCCACGUGCCUACCGUGUGGGCGAUCGACCAGUACCGAGUGUGCCAGGAGGUCCUGGAGCGUUCCCGGGAUGUUGUUGAUGAAGUGAGCGUUUCUCUCAGGCUUUGGGAUACUUUUGGCGAUCAUCACAAAGACAGGCGUUUUGCAUAUGGCAGGUCUGAUGUUGUGGUCCUCUGUUUUUCGAUUGCUAAUCCCAAUUCCCUAAAUCAUGUGAAAACCAUGUGGUAUCAAGAAAUCAAGCACUUUUGCCCUCGCACACCUGUUGUUCUAGUUGGCUGCCAGCUAGAUCUCCGCUAUGCUGAUCUUGAAGCUGUUAAUCGAGCCAGACGCCCUUUAGCAAGGCCCAUAAAGAGAGGGGAUAUUCUGCCCCCAGAAAAAGGCCGAGAGGUUGCAAAGGAGCUGGGCAUACCGUACUAUGAGACAAGCGUGUUUGACCAGUUCGGAAUCAAGGACGUGUUUGACAAUGCGAUCCGAGCAGCGCUGAUUUCCCGCCGACACCUGCAGUUCUGGAAAUCCCACCUAAAGAAAGUCCAGAAGCCUUUACUUCAGGCACCAUUCCUACCUCCAAAAGCCCCUCCGCCGGUUAUCAAGGUUCCAGAAUGUCCCUCCAUGGGGACAAGCGAAGCUGCCUGUUUACUGGACAAUCCUCUGUGUGCCGACGUCCUGUUCAUCCUUCAGGACCAAGAGCACAUCUUUGCACAUCGAAUUUACCUCGCUACCUCCUCUUCCAAAUUUUAUGAUCUUUUUUUAAUGGAAUGUGAAGAAACCCCAAAUUGGAGCGAAGGAGCUGGUGAGAAAGAGAAGCAGAGCAGGGAUUGCCAGGGGCGGGCAUUGAGCCUUGACCCAGACGAGGAGCGGGAGGAAGGAACGCCAAGGACACCUCAGGCCAAUCAGUGGAAGGCCUCGAGCCAGAACCUGUCCCAGCAGGAGAGUCUGGCUCUGGAAGGCGAGAGCUCAACUCCGGAGACACAGACCUUAUCAGGCUGGAGCAAGGGGUUCCUUGGCAUGCACAAGGAAAUGCAAGCCAAUCCCGUUUCAAAGCGCGUGGGCCCUGUCACUGUGGUCAGGAUGGACUCCUCCGUCCAGCCAGGCCCUUUCCGGACCCUGCUCCAGUUUCUUUAUACGGGACAACUGGAUGAAAAGGAAAAGGACUUGGUGGGCCUGGCUCAGAUCGCAGAGGUUCUGGAGAUGUUUGAUUUGAGGAUGAUGGUGGAAAACAUCAUGAACAAGGAGGCCUUCAUGAACCAGGAGAUUACAAAAGCAUUUCAUGUCAGGAAGGCCAAUCGGAUAAAAGAGUGCCUCAGCAAAGGGUCGUUCUCAGAUGUGACGUUCAGGUUGGAUGAUGGAGCCAUCAGUGCCCACAAACCAUUGCUGAUCUGUAGCUGCAAGUGGAUGGCUGCCAUGUUUGGGGGCUCAUUUGUGGAAAGCACCAACAGUGAGGUGUAUCUCCCGAACAUAAACAAGAUGUCAAUGCAAGCGGUAUUGGAUUAUCUUUAUACCAAGCAGUUGUCACCUAACUUGGACCUGGACCCACUGGAAUUAAUUGCCUUGGCAAACAGAUUUUGCCUGCCACACUUGGUUGCACUUGCAGAGCAGUAUGCUGUUCAGGAGCUGACGAAGGCCGCAAUGAGCGGCGUGGGCAUCGACGGGGAAGUGCUCUCUUAUUUGGAACUGGCCCAGUUCCACAACGCCCACCAGUUGGCCGCCUGGUGUUUGCACCACAUCUGCACCAACUACAACAGCGUUUGUUCCAAGUUCCGCAAGGAAAUCAAAUCGAAAUCUGCAGACAACCAGGAAUACUUUGAGCGGCACCGCUGGCCCCCUGUGUGGUACCUGAAGGAAGAAGACCACUACCAGCGCGUGAAAAGGGAACGAGAGAAGGAAGACAUUGCACUAAAUAAACAUCACUCGAGACGGAAGUGGUGCUUCUGGAAUUCAUCUCCAGCAGUCGCCUGA